AUAUAAACGGAAAUGAGUGCGAAUGAACAUUAAACGGAAGUCAUGUGAUCACGUGAGAACAAAAUGGCCGAAAACUAGGAAAGUUGUUGGCACAUAUUGAAGUUUUAGCGUUAUUUACAUUUGUUUGUUUACUCUUAUUAAUAAACAGGGUCUUUCUGAAGAUGGCAGAGUUUUGGCUGAUAUCAGCUCCAGGUGAUAAGACAUGCCAGCAGACCUUUGACAAACUUAACACCUUGACAUCCAGACAAAAUGUUCUCUCAACAAAUUACAAGUUUAACCUACCAGAUUUAAAGGUUGGUACCCUUGACACUCUUGUUGGAUUAUCUGAUGAUCUGGGAAAGCUUGACAUAUACUGUGAAGGAAUCACUAAGAAAGUUGCAGGUUAUCUUGGUGAAGUACUCGAUGAUCAGAGAGAUAAACUUCAUGAAAACCUCCUGGCAAACGGAGUUGACUUGAACACAUACCUGACCAGAUUUCAGUGGGACCUGGCAAAGUAUCCUAUAAAACAGUCACUUAGAAACAUUACAGAAAUUAUCUCCAAGCAAGUUUCACAGAUAGAAGCUGAUCUGAGAAUAAAGUCAAGCUCGUACAACAGUUUGAAGGGUAAUCUCCAGAACCUUGAGAGAAAGGCCACUGGUAACUUGAUUACACGUUACCUGGGAGAUAUUGUGAAGAAAGAACAUUUUGUGCUAGAUUCUGAAUACCUAGCCACUCUUCUAGUCGUUGUUCAAAAGUCCUUCAUUCAUGAUUGGAAAUCCAAGUAUGAGACCCUGACAGACAUGAUUGUUCCAAGAUCAUCCAAUGUAAUAUACGAGGAUGAUGAGAAUUGUUUGUGUACGGUGACAUUGUUUAGAAGGGUAGAGGAUGAAUUUAGACAAAAAUGUAGAGAAAAUAAAUUUGUAGUACGUGAUUUUACCUACAAUGAAUCAGAACUAGCUGCGGGGAAAAACGAAAUCAAGAAACUUGAUGCUGAUAGAAAAAAACAAUUUGGUCCUCUAGUAAAAUGGUUGAAGGUUAACUUUGGGGAAUGCUUCACAGCAUGGAUUCAUACAAAGGCGUUACGUGUAUUCGUAGAAAGUGUUCUUAGAUAUGGGCUACCUGUUAAUUUUCAAGCAAUGUUGUUACUGCCUCAUAAAAAGACACAAAGAAGAUUAAGGGACGAACUUGGCAGAUUGUACGAGCACCUAGACAACACUGCAUUGACUGGCAUUGAUAGUGGAAAUAUGGACAUUCCUGGGUUGGCUGGUAUGGGCACAGACUAUUAUCCAUAUGUGUUCUACAAAAUCAACCUUGACCUUGUAGAUUCAAUACAUCGUUGAUCCAUCGCCUAGAUAUAAAAAUAAUUGACUUGUAGUAAUCUUGUAUAAAAUCUGCUUCGAUGACAUUACCAUAGGUUAUAGUAGACCUACUUUUGUUUAAAGUAGCUCUAAAAUUGUUAAAAGUGCUGAAAUUUCAAAAUGGUAUGUUAUAAUAGUUUUAAAGAAGAGAACAUAAAUGAUCAGUUAAUGAAUUAAAAUUAAGCAGAACUAUAAAUAUGGGCAGAUAUUAUUAAUUCUGUAAAAUCCAGCUUAAACUGUAAUAUCACGAGGUCGCUAGCUUUCAAUGUAAUAUGAUUAUUUUGUUUUCCUUUAAAAUGACAAAUGUUUAAUAGAAAAAAUGGCUCUUAAAAAGUAAUUUUGUCAUUCAUUAAGCAAAAUUUGCUUUUUACUGUGUCAUGAUAUAACACAAGAAUCUUACUUUUAUAAUCACUCCAUACAAAAUUAUGUUGAAAUGCUAUAAAGCUUUCCACAUGCUCGCUCGCUAUAUUCCCGUAACUUGUUUAUAGAAGCUAUAAUGAAGUAAAACAGAAGAGAGCAAAAUACUGACCUCAUUUACUGUAAUCAUGUACAGACGAAAGUGUCAAAAUUUAACCUGAGUAAAAUAUAAAGUAUAUCAACAUGUUAUUCGGUAUGUUAUUUGCAUGUGUCUAUAUGAACUUAGUUGACCACCCCUCUUACAAGUAUAAAAUAGCUUCCCAUGUCAGAUCCUAUUUCUAUUGAAUUUUAAACAGUCAGAAUCUGGAGAUAUUUUCUACAAAAGUUUGUCUACUAUACUUGACUUAAACAAUCCAGCUUAGUGUCUAUUCCAGUUGUUCUUAUUGUUAUGUUUGUUUUUCUUUAUUUUUUUUUAAAUGUUUUUCACAUGCAAUAUUUCGUAUCCACUGUAAUACAUCAUUAUUACAUUUUUGAACUGGGAUAUAAGGUCUCUCAUAGAUUUAUAUUUUUUAAUGGUCUUAUCACACUUUAAGGAAACAAUUUGUGUGGUAUUUAAUAAGAAUCUGUGUCAAAAGAAAGCUGUUAUUAUGAGGUACAAAAAGUAUAAUUGAAACAAAAACAGUUUCUUUUUCUUUUUUUUGCUUUAUACAGAAUUUAUUUUAGUUUGAUUGUGUAGGAAGCUAUAAGCUUAUAGACACACUUUUGUUACUGUUCCUGGAACCAACCAGUACUGACCAAUGAGUUUCUUGUUUUAAAAAAAAGAUUUCCUGCUGAAAAAGUACAAAUCUCUUAGCCGAUGGAUAAAUUUAUGAAAAUAUACCGUACAUGUAUAUUUGUUAUAGUGGAAAUCAUUGAUCAAAAAUUCAUUGUACAAAAUGUUUCUUAAUUUCUAUGUAACAUUUUAUUUCAUGUUUACAGUGCAUUGUAGAUAUGUUAUUGACAGUUUGAGCAAUUUAAAGUGUUUAUUGUUAAUUUUGGAGUCAAAUGAAUGUAAAUGUAAGCAGGAUUAAUAAGAAUAUUAGUAGAAUUUAUUUUUAGAUAGAAGUUUGUUUGAUAUAUUUGUUGCCAUAGUUUAGGGACUGCACAUUUUAUAUACAUGUGUUUAUAAAUGGAGAUAUUGAUAUUCUAACAUUCAAAAAGAUACUGUAUUAUAUAAAAUGUAGUUUUGUUUGGGGAAAAAAAAGUCAUUAUGUUGUACACCAGUGUAUCUAGUCAGUUCUUGUGUCAAGUGUGCAUUCAAUUUUAAUACAUAAAAAAAUUAUUUACAUGUUUAUCUAUUAUCCAAAAAGAUAAGGGAUAAAAUUGAAUAUACCAAGAUGCAUUGAAUGAAUGCAUUGUAAAGGUGUACGAAGUUUUUCAUCACUAGAAAUGCCGUAUAUCUAUUAAGGUUAUUGGGCCCUUUUGAAAUUCCUCAUUCAUGUUUGAAAUCCAAAGUAUAAGUACUGUAUGUUGACCUUUGACCUACUGAAUUUUUGUAAUGAAUUUGUCCAGCUUUGAAUUUGGAACAGUCCAUUCAAAGUUUAAGGGAUUUUAAUAUCAAAAUAAUUUGUUUUGAAGCCAACAGUAUAGAACCUGGUCAGGCUGGACAGAUGUGCAAGCUGACCUGGCUCAAGACAAGUGGCAAAGGCUGAUCACUUUUGUUUCUAAUAGAUUAAGGGGUAGAUAUAUCUGACAAGGUUAUCAUGAUUUUUAGUAUGUAUAUUAUAUUACAGAAUAGAUGCUAGUUUUUUCCCCUAUAUAUAAGAGGUACAUUUAUUUUCCACAUGAUUUUUAUUCAUUCUUUAUUCUUUUUCAAAUCUUACACAUAUUUGACACUAUCAUUAUUCUUAAAGAACAGUAGAUAUUCUGAUUGGUAAAUAUCUACAAUUACUUGACACUUAUCAUUUUUAUAAAAAGGAAAGAUUUACUUGUAUGUAAAUGUCGCGAAAUACUUAAAACUUUUAAGUGAAUAAUGGACUGCUUAAAACGUUGUUUAUUGACAUAAUUGGAAACACUGAACAGUAUAAAAAUACUUUGACAUAAUCUUAAAAGAUGUAUUUUCCACCUUGUUUUGUAGUUGUAAGCUUAUUAAAGUUUUUAUAAAAAUUUAACUAAAAGAAAUUUAUCCAUAGUGAAAUAACAUGAUAAAUUUAUAUGCAUAUUUGGAUUUUGAUGGCUGUUAAAACAGAUAGUACUUUUUUUUCUCUGACUUCUUUUGAUUUCUGCAUAUUUUGAAUUAUAAAGCAAAUUGACUAGGUUCGGUUAGUCUCUAAAGUAAAGUUUUGGUUUUACUAUCAUGACUGUAGAUGAACAAGUAAGUAAAUAUUACUGAUUUUAUAACUGGUAAAAGUCUAGGACAAUGCUGGGCACAUUGUACUGGAGAUAUAAGCAUUUGUUUAAUAUAACCAAGAUGUUUUAACUGUGAUUAUAUAUGUUUAUAUUGUAUAUUGUUGAUGUACAUCAUGAUUUUUGUAUAUCAGUUAUGUGUUUUUACAUAGAAAAAAGGAUGAAUUAUUAUAUAUAAGUAGCUAA